ACCGCUUCAGGCUCAGGCUGCUCCAUUGAGGUUCCAUUCAGUGUUCCAGCUUCCACCUUCUCCUCAUCCGACCGCACCGCAUUCGGUUUCCCGUUCCCGGGCGUCCUUCCAUCUCUCGACAACUUCUGGCAAAAGCUUCCCACAAGACUCGACCGACGACUCCGCUCGCGACUCGGACACCCGCCCGCCGACGCCUGCAUCUCUCGCGCGCAGUGCACCCCGAAAAUGCUGCUGCUCGUCAGCAAUGUUGAGAGAAGCAGAGGAUUAGCGACCUGGACGGCGAUCCAUCAACAGAGGCAGCUUGAGCUUGGUUCAUACGGAUACGGAAGAGCAAGUGUAUAAGAGGAAAACAGAGAAAACAAACCUCAACCAUGUCGCCUCCAGACGCCGCCUCCGCCAACAGCAACAUCCGCGUCUUUGUCCGCUGGCAGGACCACGUCGUCUUCGCCGGAGAGGAAGUCAAGUGCACAAUCACCUUCAAGAACGUCGCACGACCUCCCGGGCCCCCGCCCACCACGCCCACAAAGAAUCCCCAUCCUUCCCCGAGACAUCUAGGCGCCGCUGCCGAGCAACGAUUGCGCCAGCCAUCCCCCCUUGGGCCCGGUCACCCUAUUCAGUCACCUGCUACACAAGGAGGAAAUGGCCGUACCAAGGGCCAGGGGCAUGCUGACGGCCUGGCCCCGCCGCCCUCGGUGCGCGGACGCGGUCACGGCCAUCGGUCAACCCUUUCCUUGACAGUUCCAUCCGCCGCUGCCACUUCCCGCGCCCGAGACAGCUCCAUACCCUGGUCGCCCAUCCAGAAUCCCGGGUCCAGCAGCUCCCGGGCUGGUCCUCCCUCGAGCUCCUCUAAUGGCCACGGACAUAAGAGGUCUGUGUCCAUCGUGUCACUGGGCUCUACAAAGGGCAUGGACGAGGUUCCGGACCUCAAUUCGUCUCCCGUCAAGUCCCAGCGACCAGCGAGGGGUCAUGCCCGAGCUUCGAGUUUACAGAUAUCCCCCCGUCUUCCUUUCUUCGGUGGGCCCAAGUCUGGUAAGCCCGCAUCUUUUUUGCGUGAGGCCACCAUUGAACAGACGCCUGACCAUUCACCUCGUCCCCAUACAGCUACACAUCCAAAGGUGCAGACCUCUCAACAGCCAUCACCCCUUUUCCAUGCCUCUUACCCUCCGAACCGGGACACUCUACACAGCCCGACCGAAGGCCCUCUGACUCCUUCCGAACGAACACGAAGCAUCUUUCCAUGGGCAACGUCCCCUUCCCCCAAGGCUUCUCCUAGAGCCGACCAGAACUCCGAGUUCAGAUUCCCAUUCACCAAGUCGUCUUCUUCGCCCGAUGUCGUCCACGGAGGCAGUCCGGCGGGGCCGGUACAUGAAGACAACAUCAUGAGCCCAACAUACUCAGUCGCUGGCGAAUCCGUCAGGUCUCUCCCUAUGCGAUCAAGAGAUCCUAUCCCCACCAUCAACGAACAUGGUGCGAUACCGUCGGCACGCAUUCUUUCAACAAUAAGCAUUGGCGGGACACCUAGGAGUAGUGGCGAGUUUUACUCAAUGAGCAAUCACUCUUCCGAGACACUGGCAUCCGAGUACGUCCAGCCACAACCGCUGAGCAUGGUUGGUGGGCGAUCUGGCCAUAGCAGGCGGCCGUCCAGCUUCUCACCGAACACGGCAAAGAUGCCAGAAUCGUUGAUGAUGGGCUAUGCGCAAAUCCAAGGGUCAUUUACGCUCGAUGGCUCUUUGGUGAAUCUCGGGCCAUUUGAGCAAGUGAAGCGAAAAGCUGUAGUGGGUGGCCAUGGCGGCGGCGUGAUCGGUGUGGAAACUACGAAGCGCGACAGCAGGUUACUCAGGGGCUUCGGUUGGGGCAGUAUCACGAGCUCCAUUGGCGAACUUCUAGGCGGAGGAGAACUCAGCACCAUCAAAGAGAUGCGGGGGAUUGCCAGCUCAAAGUCGAUCCCCCUUUUAUCAACACCCCAGUCGAUUCUUUUCGUCGACCUGCAGCUAGCACCCGGGGAAAGCAAGACGUUCGAGUAUUCGUUCAAGCUACCCAAGGGGCUACCACCAACGCAUCGCGGCAAGGCGAUGAAGAUAUCAUAUAGCCUCGUCAUUGGCACGCAAAGGCCAGGAGGAGCAAAAGAUAAGCAUGUCAAGUCUGUGGACGUUCCGUUCCGCGUGCUUGGAAGCGUCAACAGCCACGGCGAAAUCCUAGGUCACGACCUGAUGGCGCCCUAUAUCAUCCUGCGAGACCAGGCGCGGGUUCAGACCGUCGAUAAUACCAACACAGCAUCUACCACUACCUUUUUUAAUCAUAAUCACCAACAACAAGCACAGCAGACACGACAGAAACUAUUGGGUGACAAGCCCGCCGCCAACGAAGAUUCCUUCCUUUCCUACGUUGACGAACUUCUUUCCUCCCGCUCCCUUCAACUCCAGAACGGUGCUCGCGCCCCUGGUCUCCUCAGCCCAACAGCCAGCGCCCCUCCCUCCCGUCGACCCUCCAACUACUCCCUCAACUCUACUACCUCCUCGCACUUUAACCCCUUCGGCCCGCAAACCCACAUGCCCGUCCUAACCGCAAAGGAAGCCAUCGACCUCGCCAUCCUCCGCUCGAACAUCGCCUCCCACGACUCCAACCAAUCCACCAACCGCUUCGAAAUCGCCCGUAACGGCCGCCGCGUUGCCGUCGUCAUGCUCGCCCGCCCGGCCUACCGGUUAGGCGAACAAAUCACCAUGGCCAUUGACUUCGAGGGCGCUGAGAUUCCCUGCUAUGCCGUGCACGUUGCUUUGGAGACAGCCGAGCGGGUAGAUUCCAGUCUGGCGCUGCGGAGCGAGGCGAGUGUACAUCGGGUAACAAGGAAAGUGCUGGUGAGCAGCAGCGAGGCAACCAUGUUUGCGAAGAGGGUAGUGUUCACGCCAACCAUUCCCGUCACGGCAACGCCAGAGUUUGUGACGAGCGGGGUCAGUUUGGAGUGGAAGGUUAGGGUUGAGUUUGUGGUGCCCAGCGCGGAGGCGUUGGACAGGAUGGGACAGUCACAGGUGCUGGGACAGGCGCAGGGGCAAGGACAAGGGAUGAUGGGAUUGGGGAUAACUAAUAAUGGGGAGGAGGAGUAUGAGGUUGUUAGUGACGAGGAGGCGGAGAGGAAUGGGGUUAUUGAAGAGGAGGAAGAAGAAGAAGACGAAUCGCAUGAUGGCGGUGAAGGAGAAGAAGAAAGGGAAACGAGGUUAGUAAAAGCGAAUGGCAGUGCGGCGGAAAGGGGGAAGCAAAGAAGCAGCAGACCGCCUAUGUUGCGGAAAAACCAGACCCUCUCUGAACGCGAACGGGAAAGGGAGAAGAAUAUGCAGCAGCUGCAGGUGCAGCAGCAGCAGCAACCGCAUCCCCUGCUGGAGGAGAUAUCGAGGGACGAUAGGGGCGGUUUGGUCUUGGUGGCGGCGGAGAAUCUCAUCUGCGAGAGCUUCGAGGUCGCGGUGCCGUUGAGGAUUUACGGUGCUGUUGGCACAGGGCUGGAGAAGUUGGAGAGGGAUGAAGCUACGGAUGAGGGGUUACCUGUGUGAAUGGAUUUGCUCACCGGGAAUUAUGGAGUGAAUGGCAAUGAGGCAAGAAAAACACAGACGC